GUUAUAAUAAGAGCGGAUAUCGACUGUGCCGCUUAUAGCGCGCGCUGGACUUUCGGCCAAGAAAGGUCGAGGGUUCGAGUCCUGCUUCCCUGCCUGUUUCAUUACACUGGUGUCAUGAGUGGGAUCGGAACCUUGCAAGCCACGACAGUGCGCGUGCUUGGCCGGUGAGAGUGUGUGCGCGCGCGCGUUCCUGUAAAGACGUAGGGUUCGCAAGCUAGCGCGAGGACGCGCUCUUUGAAAAGGAGGGAUGAGUGUAACGACCCCUGGGGUUUAAUUAAUAAGGGCUAGAAAGGUCGAGGGUUCGAGACCUGCUUCACUACAAUUACGAACGUCUGUCUCUGUCUGUCUGUCUCUCUCUCUUUCUGUCUCUCUCUGUCUCUGUCUCUCUCUGUCUCUCUCUCUUUCUGUCUCUCUCUGUCUCUCUCCUCUCUCUGUCUCUCUCUCUACUAGUCUGUCUCUCUCUCUCUCUUCCUCUCCUCUCUCUCGGUGAGGAGGAUGUCUAAGCCCCAGAAUGGAGAGCCAGGCAGCCCAGCAGGAGCCCCAGCAGCAGAUGAUCCAGAGGUGAUGUUCCAGAUGCCUGGUCCAACCGUCUCCUUCUCCAGACUACACUACUCUGUCAUGGAGAGCAAUGGACUCUGCCACAAGACAGGACCUGAGAAACACAUCCUCAAAGACGUCAGCGGCAUCAUGAGACCAGGGAUGAACGCCAUCAUGGGGCCAACAGGAAGUGGAAAAACAUCUCUCCUGGAUGUGAUAGCAGGUCGUAAGGACCCAGCAGGGUUGAAGUUUGGUCAGGUUCUGAUCGAUGGGAAAAUGGUGGACUCUGACCUCCGACUCAUAUCUGCCUACGUGGUGCAGGAUGAUAUAUUGAUGGGAACCCUGUCAGUGAGAGAGAACUUGUUGUUCAGUGUGAACCUGAGACUAGACCCUCAACAUUAUUCUACAGCUGACAAACAGCAGAGAGUGGACAGCAUCAUAGAGGAUCUGGGUCUACAGGACUGUGCCCACACCAAGAUAGGAACAGAGUUCCUGCGUGGUGUGUCUGGGGGAGAGAGGAAGAGGUGCAGCAUCGGUAUGGAGCUCAUUACUUCUCCUCGUCUUCUGUUCCUGGAUGAACCCACAACUGGUCUAGACUCUAACACUGCUAACCACAUCAUCAACCUACUGCAUAGGCUGUCUCGAAGCGGCAAGACUAUCGUGUUCUCCAUCCAUCAGCCUCGUUACUCAAUCUUCAGCCGCUUUGACCACCUGACCCUGAUGCACCGAGGAGAGUUGGUGUACGCUGGAGCUGCUGGGAAAGCCCUGAGCUACUUUACUGACUUGGGGUAUCACUGUGAGCCGUUCAACAACCCCUCUGACUUCUUCCUGGACGUCACUAACGGAGAGGCUCAGUCUACACUAGACAUCACUUCAUUUAACUAUGAUGAUAAGGAGAACUGUGACAACAGCAACCUUCUGGCUGUGAGCUACAGACAGUCAACUCAGUACCAGAGGGUGGUGGAGGAGCUGGACCAUUUGACCCAGGGUCUGGAGGGAGGGGUCGGAGGUCAGGGACAGAAGGCCGACUACGUCACCUCCUUCUGGUACCAGAUGAGGAUAGUGGGUGGUCGUAUGGUGGUGAACUCUCUCAGGAACCCCCAGACAUCGUACGCUCAGCUGGCCCUCAACAUCUUCUUCGCUCUGCUGGUCGGCCUCAUUUACUACCAGAUCCCCCUGACUCUACCUGAAGCCCUACAGAACAGGAUGGGAGCAUUCUUUUUCCUCAUCAUCAACAUGGUGUUUGGGAAUCUUUCAGCUGUGGAACUCUUCAUCAAUGAGAGAGCUCUGUUCAUCCAUGAGAACUCUAGUGGGUACUACCGUACGUCCGUCUACUUCCUGUCCAAGAUAUUCGCUGACCUCAUCCCCAACCGCAUUGUCCCUAUCCUCAUCUUCUCAGCCAUCGCCUACUAUAUGAUGGGUAUGAACCACACAGCCAUCACCUACUAUAUGAUGGGUCUGAAGCCAGCCUUCACAGCGUUCCUGCUCUUCACACUGACGAUGUCCCUGGUCAGUCUCGCUGCGGUCAGUCUAGCGUUCCUGGUCUCAGCCUCUGUCUCCUCCUUCGCUAUGGCCAACGUCCUCAUCGCCCUGCCUUUCGUCUUCAUGAUGGUGUUUGGAGGGUUCCUGGUCAACCUUAACUCCAUGUUGUCUUGGUUGUCAUGGCUGAAGUGGAUCAGCAUCUUCCGCUACGGACUAGAGGCGGUGACCAUUAAUGAGUUUAAAGGACAAAUAUUCUACAGCAACACAACCAUCCUUCCAGGGGAGGUGUACCUGGAGACCCAGGGACUAGACUACAGCACCUGGGGUUUCUGGCAGAACCAUGUAGCUCUGUCUGGGAUCAUUACGGUGUGUAUGGUCUUGGCCUACAUACAGCUCAGACGAAUCAACCGCUGGAAGUGACACAGGCCGCAAGAAUAGAAUCAUAGAAUCAGAACUACACCUUCUGGAACAACAGGGACUGUGAGGAGACACACAUCACAAGAAUGGAAUCAUAGAAUCAUAGAAUCAGAACUACACCUUCUGGAACAACAGGGACUGUGAGGAGACACACAUCACAAGAAUAGAAUCAUAGAAUCAUAGAAUCAGAACUACACCUUCUGGAACAACAGGGACUGUGAAGAGACACACAUCACAAGAAUAGAAUCAUAGAAUCAUAGAAUCAGAACUACACCUUCUGGAA